AUGAGAAUGGCAACAACACCGACCAAAGACAUCGAUGCGUGUCAAUGGCGUGCAGCAACUUGGCUGCGGGCAGUCGAUUCAAGGCAACCCGUCGUCAAGGUUGUCCCGCCGGAGCAGGAGAAAGUAUUACGUAGGCCUUUUUACACAGGAUUAUCAAGACCAGUCCCAUUCGUGAUCUGUUUGUUGGCAAACAAACAUCUCCGUUUCUCUCCGUCUAAUAACGAAAUGGCCGAUGAAGAAUCGUUUACCUGGUCGGAAACUGUUUACGAACUCGGUGUGGAUUUAAUAAGUGCGUUACAGUCCACGUUUCCGAACGGCGAAACAUUCUUCAUCGACGUUUCAUUAGUCUUCGACCCCAAAUAUGUUUUCACCAUUUAUUUUCCGAUUUUAUUCGCCCUCCAGUGGGUUGUUGGCAUCCAAGUUUUGGGGACUAUUAUCGUCGUCGAAUGGCUCAAUCAAAUCCUGAAAUGGUUGAUGCAUGGCGAGCGUCCUUAUUGGUGGGUCCACGAGAUGGAAGAGACCCACAAAGCGGAUUUGCAUCCGCACAAAAUUGCGGAGAUUCACCAAUACAGUUCCACUUGCGAAACUGGUCCGGGAAUGCCUUCGGGACAUUCGAUGGCCAUGUCGGCAGCCUGGUAUGUCAUUAUUCACGCCAUCGUCGAGCACGUUGUUGAUCCUUCCAACAUGAGCGCCAAAUUGAAAAUGGAGAGCAAACAAUUGCUUUGGGGUAUUUAUGUCAUCAUUCAAGCACUCGUGAUCUUUUCGAGAUUAUACAUCGCGGCUCAUUUUCCUCAUCAGUGUUUUCUCGGUUUAUUUUUGGGAAUUUGCAUGGCCAAAUUAGCAUUUGGAUCGACCGAAUGGAUCAAUUUCGGUCGCGUUCGAUGGAUUCUAGUUUCGUCCGUCAUCAUGGCCAGCGCACUCGGCACUUAUUCGUUCCUGUUGCUGACUGGAGGCGAUCCUUCGUGGUCAAUCAGCGAAGCUUUGAAAUGGUGUGACAAAGUUGAAAACAUUCACAUCGACACUAUGCCGUUUUACAGUUUGAUGAGAUACAGCGGAGCCGCUUUCGGCCUUGGUCUCGGUUUGACUUCCCGAUUUUUCGUCGCCACGGAUAGAACAAACUUUAGUAGAUUUCAAAUCUUUGCCAACGUCGUGUUAGGACUCGCCUUGGGUUACGCAACCGAUCUGGCUCACGUCGCCAUCCCCAAAACGAAUGAAACUUUUUUUUACACUUUUGAAUUCUUUUUGAACAUAGCAUUUCCUUACGCCGUUAUUGCCUUGGCACCUUACGUGGUCAUGAUUUGCGGUGGCCGCAAAGAAAAAUCCGCGUGAACGCCUUCAAAAAACAUUUUGCCCAAUUUAUUUUAAAUUUUUUCGUCAGUUGAUUAGCAUGAGGUGAAUAAGGUUUCCGUGUGGCAUAUUAAAAAUCAUUUUUAUUUUCAUUCAAUCAUCGAGUCGACGAAUGGCAUAAAAACAAAUGGUUAUUGACUGGUUUUUCUUUGUUAUUGUUGGUUGUAGUGUUUGAUAGGUAACAUUUAUAGUGUGAAAUUUUUUUUAAAUAAAUAGACAAAUUCGUUUUA